CAAAUGGAUGUAAACAAGCUGAAUAUCACAUUGCUUCGGAUAUUUCGUCAAGGAGUGGCUGCAGCGUUGGGACUGUUACCCCAGCAAGUUCACAUCAACAGGCUCAUUGGGAAGAAGAACUGUGUGGAACUGUUUGUGUCCCCAGUGAACAGAAAGCCAGGUAUUUCUGAAGCACUCCCAUCUGAAGAAGUGCUGCGUUCACUGAACAUCAACAUUUUGCACCAGACUUUAUCGCAGUUUGGAAUAACGGAGGUCUCCCCCGAGAAAAAUGUUUUGCAAGGCCAGCGUGAAGCAGACAAACUCUGGAGCAAAGAAGGAUUUUAUGCAGUUGUCAUAUUUCUCAGCAUCUUUGUCAUUCUCGUAACUUGUUUAAUGGUUUUGUACAGACUGAAGGAGAAGAUCCAGUUAUCCCUGAGACAAGAGAAGGAAAAGAAGCAGGAGAUCCACCUCUCACCCCUUCCCCUCCAGACAGCUCAGUCUGAAUACAAGACCACCAACAGCAUGGUCCAGCCUGAACAGGCUCCCAAAGUUGUAAAUGUGGUAGUCGACCCUCAAGGCCAAUGCGUUCCUGAGCUCAAACCUCCUCUGCCUGCCAGUCCGUCUCCUUUCAGAAUGAAACCUGUAGGGCUCCAGGAAAGACGAGGAUCCAACGUCUCCCUGACUUUGGACAUGAGUAGUUUGGGGAGUGUGGAACCCUUUGUCUCUGUGCCUACUCCACGAGAAAAAGUAGCCAUGGAAUAUCUACAGUCAGCUGGCCGGGUCCUGACGAGACAGCAGCUCCGAGAGACAGUUGCCUGUUCUCAUUUACUUCAAACAGAAUUCAUGGAAAUACCAAUGAAUUUUGUGGAUCCCAAAGAAAUCGACAUCCCGAGUCAUGGAACUAAAAACCGCUAUAAAACAAUUUUGCCAAAUCCUCUAAGCAGAGUGUAUUUGAAACCAAAAAAUCCAUCUGACUCCUUGAGUACCUACAUAAAUGCUAACUACAUUAGGGGAUAUGGAGGUAAAGAGAAGGCUUUCAUUGCAACUCAGGGACCCAUGAUUAAUACCGUGAAUGAUUUCUGGCAGAUGGUUUGGCAAGAGGACAGCCCUGUCAUUGUCAUGAUCACAAAGCUGAAAGAAAAGAAUGAGAAAUGUGUGCUUUAUUGGCCAGAAAAAAGAGGAAUCUAUGGGAAGGUUGAAGUCCUUGUUAACAGCGUGAAAGAAUGUGAGAACUAUACUGUCCGCCAGCUCACAAUAAAGCAAGGAAGCCAGUCCCAGAGUGUGAAACACUAUUGGUACACGUCCUGGCCGGACCACAAAACCCCGGACAGUGCUCAGCCUCUUCUGCAGCUCAUGCUGGAUGUAGAAGAGGACAGGAUGGAAUCRCCUGGCAGAGGGCCUGUAAUUGUGCACUGCAGUGCUGGCAUAGGAAGAACUGGAUGUUUUAUUGCCACAGCCAUUGGUUGUCACCAGCUGAAGGAAGAGGGAGUCGUAGAUGCAUUGAGCAUUGUCUGCCAGCUAAGAGUGGAUAGGGGCGGAAUGGUGCAGACCAGCGAACAGUACGAAUUUGUGCACCACGCACUGAGUCUGUACGAAAGCAGACUUUCUGCAGAAGCUGUCCAGUGAGGCCUAGGAGGGUAAAAUGAAUGGCAGACUCUUGAGGUAAUUUGUUUCAUUACCUACCAGCAGCUUCUUCAAGGAGUUUACUGCAGUGGGAAGAGAGGCUUUGAAGCCAGCUUCCAAAGGGAUUGUGGAGAGUUUGGCAAAAGUAUAAAGAUUGCUCGAGCCUUGCUGUAAAUGAAUGUAUUGUGAGCUUCCCAAAAAUGAGUUAUAAAGAAGGUACUGUACUGAAACUACACAUGGAUUUCACAUAUAUAGCUAAAGGUGGGUUUAGUUCUGUAAUACUGAUAUCUGCCAUAUGAAAUGUAUGUAUGUACUACUGCUGCAGCCAGAUGGACAUUGGAACUUCUAAAGAAGAAAUGUUUAUCAAGUGUAUAAAUGCUUUAACGUUUGCAAACUCUGUCUUGUGAAUGGACUGUCAACUGUACUGUAAAGUGCUAUUACGGAUUAUGUGGUAGGCUUGUUUCUCGGCCACAUAAUAUUCUUGCUGCUAAAAUUGCAAGUGUUCAAUUAUGGUUUAAAAAGGAGAGGAGAUAAUAAAGAAUUAAAAGUUUUGUUUUUGAAAAUAUUCAAAAGCAGUAAAUAUUUUGUAUGGAAAUAUAUGUUCUUCAUACUAUUAUCUAUUAAAUGUAUGCUUACUGUAGGUCUUACAGAGCAGUUACAGAGCACAAUGUCUGUUAUUCAGUGUAUAUGUAUUUACCCUAUACCGUUGAUUGUCUUAGAAGAUGCUUCUGCUACAGACCCCAAUCCAGUGUAUUUGUAAAUUGUGUAAGUCAUUUUACUUUUAAAAGAAACUUUGUAGCAUAUAUUAAACGGUAAGGAUUUUAAAUAUUUGUCUGUCUUUUAUUAAUAAAGGAUAUUUUGCCUAUGUUGUUUUAACUACUCUGUCUCUUUCAGAAGAGAUGGAUGUCUUUAGUUAUACAAACUGUUUCAUGACAGGUUAUACAAAAAGGAAAAUGCUGCUAUGAAUGUUGCAUUUAACAUUCUGGAAGAUUAUUUUUUCC